AUGGGGAACUGCGCCGCCUCCCGGCUCGCCGCCGGCGGCGGCGGCGUGGGCGGUGGCGGUGCGGGCGGGGACCCCGUGGCGGUGUGCCGCGACCGGAAGCGCCUCAUAAAGCUGGCGGCGGAGCGGCGGUUCGCGCUGGCGGCGGCGCACGCGGGCUACGCGGCGGCCCUGCGCUCCGUCGCCGACGCCCUGGACAUCUUCGUGGCCCGCCACACCGCGCCGGCGCCCAUACUCAUCACGCUCCCCACCCCCACCGCCUCGCCUCCCGGCUCCCCCAAGCACGCUACCCCGGCGCCCGCGCUGCCGCCCUCGUCCGCCGCCGCGCCAUCGACCCCGCCGCCGACGGAUGCGCCGGCGGCGGACGAGGAGGACGACGGCCGCGGGGGCGGGCAGACGCCGGAGAUGGGCCGCCCGUACUACUACACGCCCCCGGCCACGCCGCCGCCGCCCCCCGCCGCGGUCGGCGGGUGGGACUUCUUCAACCCGUUCUACGGGACGGAGGAGGUGGCGGCGGCCAUCAGCGACGAGGAGAUGCGCGCCGUUAGGGAGCGGGAGGGGAUCCCGGACCUCGAGGAGGCGGAAGAGGAGGACAACGAGGGGGAGAAGCCCGCUGCUGCUGCGGCGUCAGCGGCGGCGGAAAAAAACCCUAAAUCCGAGGAUUCGCUCAGGGUGGCCAAGCAGGAAGAGACAAAAGAUGUAUCCGAGGCGGCGAGGAACAACGGCGCCGGCGGGCUGGAGGUGUCCGUCGUGCUGCCGGGGCGCGAGCUCCUGGCGGCGCUCAAGGAGGUGGAGGAGCUCUUCGCCCGCGCCGCCGAGGCCGGCAAGGACGUCUCCGGCAUGCUCGAGGCCGCCGCCCGUGCCCCCGAGCUCAAAGAGAACUCGUCGAAAAUAAUCCAUGCCAUCGCGUGGCAUCGGUCUCCGUCGUCCGUGUCGUCAUCUUAUAGAAGCGAGCUGGGAGCAAGCUCGAAUAGUUUGUCGUGGACAGAGAAGAGCGAGACCAGCAAGACCGAUAUAUUUGAAGACUAUGGUGGGAUGAAGUCUGGAAGUCACUCUCAGACUUUAGGGAGACUGUAUGCUUGGGAGAAGAAACUUUAUGAAGAAGUUAAGGCUAUUGAUCAAAUCAGACAAACAUACGAGAAGAAAUGUGUGCAGCUGAGGAACCAAGACGCCAAAGGUUCAGAGCUGCGUUGUGCUGAAAAAACCAGGACAAAUGUGAGAGACCUGUACACAAGGAUCUGGGUUUCUCUAAGAGCUGCAGAAUCAAUAUCGGAUAGAAUACAGAAGUUACGGGAUGAGGAGCUGCAACCGCAACUUGUCGAGCUGUUGCAUGGCUUUACAAGAACUUGGAAAGUGAUGGUGGAUUCGCAUGAAACUCAGAGACAGAUAAUGUUUGAGGUGAAUUCCUUCACCUGCCCUGCUUAUGGGAAGUUCUGCAACGACGCCCAGCGGCAUGCCACUCUCAAGCUGGAGGUUGAACUCAGGAACUGGAGGUCCUGCUUCGUGAGCUACGUCAGUGCACAGAAAUCGUACAUUGAAGCUCUCGAUGGCUGGCUGUCCAAGUUCAUCCUAACGGACACCAUCCGAUACUCCCGAGGGAUAUCCUCCAUCGCGCCCAACAGGGCUGGCGCGCCGCCGCUGGUCGUGAUCUGCCACGACUGGCACACCACACUGUCCAAGUUCCCCUACAAGCGCGUCUCGUUCACCAUGCGGAACUUCAACCGGAGCGUGCGGGUGCUGUGGCUGAAGCAGGGGGAGGAGCAGCAGCAGAAGAGGAAGGUGGACGGGCUGGCCAAGGAGCUGGACAAGAAGGCCACAGCCUACAAGCGGGCGGAGAACAAGGUGAUCGAGACGAAGCUCCUCCUAGAGCACCGGCCGGGGGAGCAGGAGGCGAGGCAGCGUGUGGAGCAGCUGUCGGAGCGCAAGGAGGCGUUGAACGUACUGCGGCGGCGGGUGGAGGCGGAGAAGGCGCGGCACCACCACUGCAUGCGCGACACCCACGACGUGACCCUCAACGGCUUCAAGAUCGGCCUCGCCAGCAUUUUCGAGUCGCUCGCUGAUUUUUCUCGGGACUCUGUGAAGCUCUACGAGGACCUCCUGGCACAUGCCGGCGCCCCCAAGGAGCGCCUGGAAAAGGCCUCUUCAGCCUCCGAGCAGCAGCAGCAGGCCUGUGCCGACAACGAAGUGCAACCGCAGAGCUCCUACCCGCACCAGGCCACCGUCGAAGCGAGAUGA